AGUACGCCCCUUCCAGAUCCUAGCUUCUCCUUCCUGGUGAUCAGCUCUGCUUCGUUCGGGCCUCGCCGCAAGCGUGUGGCCCGGGGACUGGCCAGGCCGGGGAGGGACGAGAAAGAGCUCGGUCUUCUGAGGCAUCUGUCCUUCCCCCCACAGAGCAGCAUACAGCAGACAUGGCUCCUGACUACCUGACUUCCAGGGCCCAGCAGGAGUCGGUGACGUUCCAGGAUGUGGCGGUGGACUUCACCCUAGAGGAAUGGGGCUUCCUGGGCCCAGCUCAGAGGGAGCUUUACCAGGAGGUGAUGCUGGAGAACUACUGGAACCUGGUGUGCCUGGGGCUUGUGAUUUCCAAACCAAACAUGAUCAACCAGCUGGAACAAGGCCGGGUACCUUGGACCAUUGAGAAAGAAGUCCUGAGCGGCACCUGUGGAGGGGAGCCAGAGUGGAAGACUGAAACUGAAACUAAGUAUUCAACUCCUAAUCCAUUCAUGUUUUGGGAACAAUCAUCCCAGGAGAAAUUCAUAAAGGACACUACCUGUGUCUCCAAAUUGGAAGAAGGCUCUCAAUAUCAUUCCAGCUUAGAGAAGAAGGAGAAAAAGGAGAAGAAACAUAACAGGCAAGUAAAAAUCACCCAGUAGAAAAUUCCUAAUGAAGCAAGAUGCCAUGAAUUAAAUCAGAAUGGCAAAAAGAUUUAGGACAAGUCCCUUUUUAGCAACACAGAAUGUUUGUAAAAAAGAGUCUCCAUAAAUAUAAUACAGAGAGAAAAAGUUUCAGACAGUAUUCUGACCCAGUCAAUAUAAUGCAGUUUCUUCAAAGAAAUUUGAUAGGCAGUCCAUCAGGGAUAAUUCAGGUCUUACAGAAAAUUAUGUAUUACUAGAGGAAAAAUUUAUGAAUUCAAAACAUGUGGGAAAAUAGACUAGCAUUCAUCACUUGUCUCUUCUCAUAGGGUUCAUAUUGGAGAGAAACCAUAUAAAUGUAA